AUAACAUAGCAGCCGUUACGGAAUAAAACUGUAGUAUGGUGUGAAAUACGCUAAAAUUUGAUAAAGGUCAUCAAAAGUUUAAUGUACAUGGGUCAUACAUGAUGUACAAGUCACAGCAAACUCAACGAUGCAGUUUCAAGCCCGUUUGUUUAGGUAAGGGUCAAAUGUCAACGUCCUGGAGGGCGUUAGGGGUUGAUUGAACAGGGAUGCAUAUGAAAACAUUGCGGCCACUACUCAAAGACUCCCGUAACCUCUGCUUGAAAGCUUGAAAAAUAUUUGUCAUUGCCUUCUUCAGAUUUAAUAGAUUAACUUUUGACCACCCGAAGACACCAUGCCGGCUCUCAACUCCUUCUACAUCACGUUCGAGAAGAACAUGGACGUGUAUCAAGCUGGACAAGUCGUCAGGGGACAAGUAGAAGUGGAACUGAAUGAAGAUAUGAAGAUGAGAGGGAUCAAACUUUUGAUGAAAGGCUGUGCGCGAUGUCGCUGGGUUGUUUCGACGGGAAAAACAACGAUUGUGUACACCGGCAGGGAAGUGUACUUCGAGAACACGUUACCCCUUUGGGGCCCAGGCGAGGCGCAGUCCGGAGACACCCCUGUACUGCCGGCGGGCAAACACACCUAUCCCUUCCAGUACCAACUCCCCAGUGCAGGCCUGCCUACCUCCUUUGAAAGUUGUUACGGGUACGUGCGCUACUACGCCGAGGCGAUCAUCGACAGACCCUGGAAGUUUGACAAGAAGACCAAGAGGGCCUUCACUGUGCUGGACAUGUAUGAUCUCAACGAGGACCCUAACGCAAUGACACCGUCGGCUGCCCAAGACUCGAAGAAGCUCGGAUUCUGGCCCUUUGCUUCGGACCCGAUCGAACUCCAGGUCCAAACGGACCGAGGAGCGUACUGUCCGGGAGAGAUGGUCAGACUCAGCGGGACUUUGAAGAAUGGUAGCGGCACCGAAAUCAAAGAGACAACCAUUCAACUCAGACAGAAGGCGACAUGCGUCGCUACCUCCCCACACAGGGACAGGAGGCGCCAGCAUAAAACGCUGAGCGAAAUAAAGGCCUUGGGCUGCAAAGCGAAGGACGCUACUGACCUGAGCAGUAUAGCUCUUCCUAUCCCUGCCAUCCCUCCCUCCUCUCAACGAUACUGCAACAUCAUUGACGUGGAGUACAAGGUCAAGUUCAUCGUCAACAUCCCGGGACUGCACACGAACCUCGAUGUGGAGAUGCCGAUCACCAUUGGCUCCAUCCCCCUGAAGAGUUAUUACCCACAAGCCCCUUCUUUCCCCCUACAUCCGGUAGAACAGCCGCCACCUUCCCAUGAGUCUUUGUACCCCGACCUCGGUUUCGCACAGUGGACGUACCCGGCAGCCACUGACCCCAGUGCACCACCCCCGCCUUACUUUGCGGUGUCGACGGAAGGACCUGUAGCACUCGCCGAAGACAAGGAGGACAAAUACACCAUGGGCCCGACGGAGUACGCUCCUAAGUACGCCUACUACGACUGGAGCAAGCACGCUUAGGCUUUGGUCCCAAUUGUAAAAGGGGGUUCUUCCGGGCAGUUCACGGGCUGUUUUGGGGCACUGUCGGGCACUUUGGGACACCUUGCGGCACCCGGGAUAUAAUUGAACAUGGCCGGGACCCGGGUUCAUUUUAAGUCAGAUUUAAAAUGAACCCGGACACGGUAACAAAUAAACGCCGUGACCUACCCUUGGGUUACACCAAGGGGUACCCCAGGUAUCCGGCAGUCACUGGGACAAAUUCGUCGCUUCGGAGCCCGGCUGGGCACCGGUGCAAUUGGGACCUAAGCCUUUGGCUAACGUCACAUUUCCACAAAAGGGGCCCGGUCGAGUUGUGUUGUGGAACGAAAAGUAUGACAUAAAAGACAGACUACAAAAACACCUAACGGACCCAAAAAUUAUUUAACAGGAUGCUUUGUCCACAUUUACUGGCAUAAUUUUUCGUCUCAAACAGCCCGGCCGGGCCCCGGGUAGAAAUGUGACGUAGGCCUUAGGCCUGUCCAUGACGUCUGAAGCAGCCCUCAACGCCUCAAAGUGCCUUGUACAUUUUACCGUUUGUUUAUUUUCACGUCUGUAACAUUUCAAACAGUACUUCUCACAAACAGUAUGCGAAAGAAUGCUGUCACUCCUGUGGUAAUUUUAGUUUGCUGUGAAUAUCUGUAAAUUCAACUGUGUUUGUUUGUUUAUCUGUACGGGUUUUUCGUGAACAAGAUGACGUAAUGUUUUCCUUCUCUUUACGAAUAUUUCACGUCUGCUGAAAGGUAGGAUUUUGUAUAGCGAUCAUCUAUAUACUAUCUAUAGUAUAGAUAAAGUUGAACGGGUUUACAAUCUAUAUCUAGUACGUACCUUAUUCUACUAUAGUGCGAAGCAAAUAUUAAAAGAAUGUUGUUCAACCAUG